AUGACGCUGCUGAUGCUGGCUGGCUGGCCGCUGUCGCCAUCAGUCCCUGCUCUCGACAAGCCUGUUGGCAGGACGCUUGCCCCAAGAAAGCUUUCAGGCUUGGGCGUCACAGCAGCAUUUGCAACAGCCGCACGUUCAUAUUUGCGCGACCGUGGUCGUGGAAGGUUCCGUGGAAGGCGACAUGCUUCCAGCAGUUUUGAAGGUUUCCCGACCAGCCUGGACUUUGGACUAUAUUUCUUUGGCCGCGGCGGUGUCUGUCAGAAGUAUGUCGAUGGCAGGGACAAUGCUCACUUUUCACCCAACAACGAUACUUUGGUGUACGUGCAUGGCUGGGAGGUGGGUAGAGUCAGUCAGAUUUAUCGGGAGACUUUCAACUGGAAGAACAACGAGCCCAGAUGUGGUCUGGAUUUGGAUCUAGCUGGGCCUUGGCUGGACCGUGGUUGGAACGUUGCCAUUUUUUACUGGGACAUGUUUUCCGAUGAGCCUUGGUUGCCCGACGCUGAAGCCAAGAUUUGGACAGCCAGUGGAAGCAGGCGGAUGCGAUAUCGGCUUGCUUCCGGAGAUUUUCAGGAGCGAGGCUCGCCGAGCCAAUCUGCUUCAGUCUUGCUGGGCAAGUGUUUGACCGGCUUGGUCCGAGCAGCUCCCGGGAAACGAUUGCGGCUGGCGGGCCAUUCUCUUGGGUCGCCGUUAGUCAUCGCUGCGGCCUCCAACAUGUUCUCAAGAUGCGCACCGAAUCCUGCAACUAUUCGACUUGUGUUGCUCGACCCUUACUGGUCUCGCAGAGUGCGGGUGCUGAAUCCGCAAGACUACUUAGAAUCAGUGGACACACUCUCGCAGAUGCCCAGAAGCAGUGGCAGAAAUGCAACGACUGCCGACCUCAGCCUCUCCCUGGCCUUGAUGCUGGCAAGAAAGCGGGUGCUGUUUGAGAUUUACUAUUCGUGUCCUGCCAUGACGCAGAUGCCAAUAGUGGCAGACAGCAAACCUGCAGAAGAGCUGGCACGCCGGGAAUUUGCAGCAUUGGUGAACUAUGAUGCAUCUUGCUGCGAUCCUUGGGAUUUUCAGGCACAGCACCUGCUUGCUCCGAACCUUUACCUGCAUAGUAUGCGAUAUCCGGCACCAGGCUGCGGAGCGCCGUCAGCAAGUGCUUCAGAUGAGGCCCUUGCCAAUGCACUGGGUAAGCGCUGGCACAGACCAGGCCUGGCGCGGCAAUCCGGCAGAGGGAAGUAA